AGGGACCGCGGCGCCCCACUCCGUCCGCCCGGCUGCUGGUCCCCAUGGCUGCGCUCCUGGCCGCCGCCUUGGCCCUGCUCGGCGCCCAGCUGGCGAGACCGGCUGGCGUCUUUGAGCUCCAGGUGCACUCCUUCACCACCAGCAGCCCGCACAGUUGGUGCCGCGGUGCCCAUCCCUGCCGCCUCUUCUUCCGCGUCUGCCUCAAGCACGCCCAGGCUGUGGUGUCACCCGAACCGCCCUGCACCUUCGGGGCAGCCCUCAGUGACCUUGUUCCAGCUGACCGCAGCGCGGCAGCCACCAGUGGGCCCAUCCGGGUCCCGUUCCACUUCAAGUGGCCGGUGAGGUCCUUCCCAGCGGCCCAGCACCCUCCAGACACCUCCGCUUAG